CGUAUUGAACCUUGCAUCCCUCCGUACUUUCUCAAUCCAUACCAUUCAUAGUGCUACUGUACUCUGCUACUCUCGUUGCAUUACCUUCUUUGCUCCAACUCGACUCUCUCUUCGACCUUCUUUUUCCCAACCCUAACCCUUCUCUAUAUUAUCGCUGCGCGAUCCAAGAGCCAACCAACAACAAUGUCCAGCCAACAGUACUAUAACCAGGGCCCUCCACCUCAACAGGGCGGCUAUUACCCCCCUCAGCAUCCUGACCAGGCCUACGGAGUUCAGGGCCAGCAGCAAUACUAUGGAGCUCCUCAGGGCCAGCAGCCGUACUAUCCUCAGGGCCCGCCCCAGCAGGAGGGAGGCAUGCAGUACCAGCAGCAGUACCAGCAGCCGCAGCAGCCUCCCCCUGAGCAGCAGCGCGGUAGCGGUGGUAACCAGGGCUGCUUGAUGGGCUGUAUCGCCGCUCUCUGCUGUUGUUGCGCCGUCGAAGAAGGUUGCGAGUGCUGUCGAUCUUUGCGAAUGCUUCUUCUAAACCAACAACACCACAUAUCUUAG